GAUAUAAACCUUCUGCAGAAAAAACCUAGCUCUUCCUUGACUUCUCUCUCUCGAGCUCUCCCCCUUCUUUGGCUUGAGAGAGAUAUGGCGGCCGCCUUGAGUUGGCUUACUGUCUUUCUAUACCCGAAAAAGGACUCAAACCCUAAAACUCAAGAUGGUGAGCAUGUCAAGGUCUCCAAGAUUGGGGUUGGGGGAUUGUCCUCGGCCUAUAGUUCAACUGCUGCAGGAUUCCAAAUGCCUCUUCACUAUCCUCGGUACACGAAGGCCGACUACGAGAAGAUGGAGGAGUGGAGGUUGGAUCUGCUUCUCAAGCAAUAUGGCCUAACUGCUGUCAGCAAUGGAACUCUCGAGGAGAAGAGGGCUUAUGCAAUCGGAGCUUUCUUGUGGCCUGAUCAGUAUUAAGAGACGUACUACCCUAUAUAAAUAAUUCCUCUAGCUAUAUAAAUCGCAUACAUAUCUCAUAUGUGUGUGUAUAGAGCUAGCCUGGUUUGUAAUGUCUGAUUAUUCGAUUUUGGUCUGUAAUUUGUGUCGUAUGCGUACGUAGUUGCAUUCCAGCUAGCUAGCUAGUACCUGAUCGAUGCAGCUGCAUGUCGUUUGCAAACAAGGAGAAAGUUAAAGCCAGAAAUCCAGAAUAAUGGUUAUUGAUAGUAAGUUGCGGAUGUAAAAUAUAUGGGCAUGGCUUCCUGUACCUGACUUGAUAAAUCUCAAUGAAUGUCAAUUAAUUAUUUAGUAGUA